AUGGCCCUGCCCUACAAGAAAGUUCUCCUCGUCGGAGCCACCUCUGGCAUAGGAGCCGCUCUAGCCGACAAGCUCGUUGAAAAUGGAACCUUUGUCAUAGCUGCCGGGAGACGAAAGGAAAACCUGGAAAAGUUCGUCGCAAAACACGGAGUCCACAAGGCUGCGGGGUCUGUGGUUGAUAUCCUCAAACUCAAUUCAGUAAUCCCAUAUUUUGCUGCAACCAUCAUCAAGGACCAUCCCGACCUAGACUGUGUCUUUCUCAACGCCGGCAUACAGAGGGGUUUAGACUUCACAGAUGCCGAGUCUGUAGAUCUUGAUGUUGUGUAUGAUGAGCUUUUGGCGAACUAUCUCUCCCAUGUGCACCUUACCAAGGCUUUUCUUCCUCACCUGUCGAAGCAGACCAACGAGGUGGCUCUGGUGCACACCACCUCGCAGCUCGGUCUCAUCCCCAUGUGCCCGAAUUACAGUGGCUCAAAAGCCGCUAUGCACAGCUUCAUUCUCGCGUUGAGGGCUCAGUUGAAGGCCGGUACGAGCAACGUCAAGGUCAUCGAGGUCUAUCCACCGGCUGUACAGACCGAGUUGCACGACGCAAAAAACCAGCCAGACUUGAAAAAUGGACAUGAGAUUGGUAUGCCUGUGAGCGAAUUCGCUGAUGAGGUAUAUGAGAGAUGGCUUGCUGGCGACGAGCAGAUCCCGGUGGGAACGGCGAAGCCUAUGUUUGAUGCUUUUGAGAACAAAAGACAAGAGUACUUCAGCACCUUCAACUCUCAGAUGGAUGAGUUGCUGGUUGAUUUUACAGCAUAG